CGAUCAUUCUCGCCUCUCGCAGAGGUUUGCUUUUCUUUUUUCCCCUCGAUCACUCGCUUGUCUCUCUCCAAAUUAACCGUCAUGACCGUCGUGUCUUCGCCCUGAAGUCCCGCGUUGCUUGACGUAGCGCAAUGAAUCGGCGAAGCCCGCUACUGACACACGCUCCCGUUACUUCCUGACCCUCGUCGAGGAUGGAGAGCGCCCUUUCUGCGCAGACGUCUGGAACGACUUGGUUCUAUUGAAUUCGGCGAUUUCCUUACUCUUGCGGGUCCGUCAGCAAUGACAAAAGGCUGCUAUACCUGCCGUCGCCGGCGCAUCAUCUGUGACAACGGGCUCCCGACCUGUCGGAAAUGUCGGGAUGCAGGCAAAGAGUGUCUCGGUUAUCAGAAGCCCUUGGUUUGGGUCAAGGGUGGUGUUGCCAGCCGGGGGAAGAUGAUGGGCCGGAGCUUCGAUGAUAUAGAGACCAACCCCGGUGUGAAGGACACGGCCUCCAACACCACGAUGGGCUCCUCGCAGGGCAGCAGCAAAGAUAGCCUUGCUCCGACUACUGAGAUCAUUCUCACCGCGGCAAGCCGAGACAGUCUCACACCAGGGGUGCCUCGGAAUGCUGGCUCUUGUCUGCUUCCGACUACGGCUUUUCUCGAUGAAUCUUCCGGCUUCUUCGACUCUGAAGAAGUGGCUGUUGAGCUCCCCGAUAUUCCUUCGGCCUAUCAUCAGCCGAACUAUACACCUGCGCCGAGAAGCUUGAUCGAUCCUCUGUUCAAGGAUUUCAGUCCACUUUCCAGGUUCUAUCUCUCCCAUUACAGCCAAUCUGUUGUGGGCAUUUUCGCUCUUUAUCCCAACGUGAAGAACCCGUAUCUCGAUCUGAUCACUUUAAUAGGCGAAUCCCCCGUGCUGGCAUACUCCCUGACAGCCACGGGAGCCGUGCACUAUGCGCUUGUCGCAAAUGGAGACCUGCCCUCUUUGCCGUGGACACCCUCGAACAAUCCCAGCCCGGCUGGAAGAUCGCUGCUCCAGUCUGAUUUCGACAGUGUCGUGGCAAACGUCAUAUCUCGGAAGCCCGUUUCGCAGGUCUAUGAACAUUUCUUGAGUCUCAAGCACCGUGCUCUUCGCCAGCUGUCUCAGGAUCUCCGCGAUCCUCUACUACAAAAUGAUGACCGAACCGUAGCAGCGAUUCUUGUCCUUGCUGUCCUGGAUGCCUUUGAAUCCGGCAGCGGCGCCUGGAAAUGUCACCUGGAAGGGGCGAAAAAGUUGCUCAAAAAUAGACAGCAGAUAGGACACCACCGGAGCUUAAUUGAUGGAUUAGACACCUUCGUCACAGACGGCUGUCUGCUCCUCGAGAUUAUGGGAUCCACCCUUGCCCGACCUGGAGCUCUUUCAAAACCCUUCUAUUCCGCGUCGACCGGGCCGAUGCUGCGACGCCUCGAAGAGACCUCCUGGGUCGGAUGUCCGGCCUAUCUACUCGAAGUGAUCUUUUUCGUCCACACGCAGUGGUACUCAGACUCGGAAGACAGCCUGCACGUACGGCCAACGUUUGUGUUUUCCUCGUCGUUCGCGCCCGCCGGAGCCGCGUCUCUCAAGUCGCCCAGAGCCCUUCUGGACCAUAUCAAAGCCUUCGAGCCCAUCCCCUGGGCCGAGGGCAUGCAGCAUUGCCUCUACCUGGCCGACCUGUCGCCACGCAUCGCCCUGGCAGCCGCCUACAAGGCCGCCGUAUACCUGUACGUCAGCCGGGUCUUCACCAGCGCCUACUGCGGCAUCGGCUUCGCCCUGCCCGCCGACCACGCCCUGAUUGCCAACGAACUCGUCUACCACCUCACCGCCAUCGGCGAAACGGACCCGCACUUCAAGGGCCUCAUCUGGCCCACCUUCAUCGCGGGCGCAGAGUGCCGCCACCCAUCCCACCGCGCCAUCGUCCUCCAACGCCUCAACGCCCUCUACCGCGCCAUGAGCAGCGUCAACGUCAACAACGCCGCCUGGGUCCUCAGCAUCAUGUGGCAAAAACAGGAUUCCCAGCGCCACCACCACCUACCCGCUUCUCCUGACUCGCCCGUUUCCACCAUCAGCUCUUCCUCCACCUCCGCCUUCUUGGAUGACUUCAACUGGAUCCAGGAAUUGGGCGAUUCCCGCAUCGAUUGGCUGUUUAUAUAAGCUUUCAACAACUUCCCCUUUCUCUUCUCAAUUUCAGCCCUUAAUAUAUAUAUAUGUUUGUUUAUUUAUUUACAUGUGUGUGUUUGUAUUUCGGUCGGCGUUGGAUCUCUUAUGGAUAGACGAUUUAUGAUACCUAAGGUCAGGACCAAUAAUUAGCUAAAAAGUACAUUUUGAAUGGAAAGCUCCGAGAGA